GAAGUUCCAAAUUAGGAGUGCUUUAUUUAUGGCACCUGUUUCAUUGCCCCCAGGUUUUAGGUUUCAUCCCACUGAUGAAGAACUUGUGGUUUAUUAUUUGAAAAGAAAAAUCAAUGCCAAGAAAAUUGAACUUGAGAUCAUUCGUGAUGUUGAUCUUUACAAAUGUGAGCCAUGGGAUUUACCAGGGAAGUCCCUAUUGCCUAGCAAAGAUCUUGAAUGGUAUUUCUUCAGUCCCCGUGACCGUAAAUAUCCAAACGGAUCAAGGACCAAUAGGGCAACGAAAGCUGGAUAUUGGAAGGCCACCGGAAAGGACAGGAAAGUAAAUUCACAGAUGAGGCCAGUGGGGAUGAAGAAAACAUUGGUGUAUUAUAAGGGGAGAGCACCUCAUGGAGCUCGAACUGAUUGGGUUAUGCAUGAAUAUCGAUUAGACGAACGAGAAUGUGAAGUUGCAAAUGGCUUGCAGGAUGCUUAUGCACUUUGCCGUAUAAUCAAGAAGAGUUUGAACGGUCCGAAAAUUGGGGACCAUUAUGGUAGGGCAACAAGUGAUAGAUCCUCUAGCAUUGAUCAUGUUUAUUCUGAGGGAAGAUAUGAUCAUCACGAUAUGGAGAGCUCUCAUCAUGAGUAUGGAUUAAUGCCAUCAUCAUCGCCAGCUACAUCCAUGGCUGUACAUGGCUCUCCUAUGAAUAUGAAUAAUAUUGGUUCUGCUUCAAGUGAUGAUAAAUGGAUGCAAUAUUUGUCGAAUGAAGCUUUUAGUUACAACAACAGUAGUCAGCCCAUUCCAAGUUACGGAACUUUGCCAUUUCCCCCACCCAAGGUUGAUAUAGCAUUAGAGUGUGCAAGGUUGCAGCAUAGGUUCACAUUACCUCCAUUGGAGAUUCAAGACUUCCCUCAAGUUGGCUAUGUUGAUGCUAAGAUUCCUCAAUCAAAUUUUAUCCAUCAAACCUCAAACCAAACCCAAUUAGCUUCACAAAAUCUAAUCAAUCAAGACUCAUGGGGUGGAAAUUCAAGUGGUCCCGUUGAUGACUUCUCUUUUCUGAUUCCUCCUAAUAAUAACCAAAUCCCUCAUGACUUGGAUUCACUCAAUUUCAUGGAACAAUUGAAGGAAGAUCAGAAUGUAAUUAGGUCCAUUGAUAUUGGAGAUUUUGAUCACGAGGACUUCAAAUCUGCUAGAAUGGUGGAAAAUUUGAGAUGGAUAGGAAUGUCAGACAGGGAUCUUGAGAAGACAUUUCUGGAGGGUUAUAAAACUGUUCCAAUAGAAAAUGUUUCAGCUGUCCAGAAAGAAGAAUAUGAGCUUCAAGGUGAAAACAGUGGUCACAACAGCUUCAAUGGAUUCAAUGAAACUGCAACAAACAACUUCUCUAUAGGAUUUGACAACAGUGCAAAUGACAACUCGUUAUAUGACGGAGACACUGAUGGUUUUUCGAAUUCCCCAAGCUUUGAAGUGUAUGAAAAAAUUGAAGUGAAUCAUGGGUUUUUUAUAGCUACCAGGCAAGCAACCAAGACAUUCUAUCAUCACGUGGCACCUUCUAGGACACUUAGGAUUCAUAGAAACCUAGUAACAGUCCAUGAUUUUCCUAUAUAUAAUAUAGAAAAAUCAGAUUCAAAAAGUACUAUUACUAAAGAUAAAACAUUUCUUGAUAAUUUUGUCACAAGACCAUGGACAACAACUAUGAGAACUUUGGUGGGUAUGGUUGCAAUUUUACAAACUUUUUGGGUCUACAUUGGUGAAUGCUUGGAAUCGGAGGAAAAAGGUUUCAAAUUAGAAGACAAGAAGGGUGUCUAUGAAGAGUAUUGCUUAGUAGAAAAGGAGGAGAAGAAGAAAGUUCAAGAUUUUAAAUGGGAUUUUCAUAAGCAAAAUGAAUUCCCAAUUGGUGACAAAGAAGAAGGGAAAUAUUGCAAUGUGGGUGUGGAAAAGAAAUGGCCUAAUUAUCUCACACUUGUAGUAGCUCUUUCUAGCAUUUGGUUGCACCAUAUAAUUGUCCCUUCAUUUUGACCUUUUUCUUUUCUUUUCCUUCACAUUUGAACAUUUUGUUGUGUUGCUUCUAACCAUUACUGUUGCCAGGGAAGGCCUAAUUUAAGAGCCCCCCCUUGAAUUAGAUACCAAACAUCUAAAUGUAUCUUCUUUUUAAUUUUCCAUAUCAAGUAUCAAGUUAUACGAAUGA